CUUCUACUUCCAAUUAUUCCAUCAUCGGCCGGCGCCCUUUCUCUCUCUCUCUCUCUCGAUUUUUUUUUUAACUUACGCUUCUGGUGUGAGUAAAUAGAGCGUCCGGAUACACACCCUCUUACACUAUGGCCGAUUCCAACCCAGUCAAGGAGGCCGAGGCCUCCAUGGCCAACCUUCUGCUUGAUGAGGUCACCGGUGAGAAGGUCUCCAAGUCUGAAUUGAAGAGACGCCAGAAGAUGCGCGAGAAGGAGGCUAAGAAGAAGGAGAAGGAGGCCGCUGCCCCCCCCAAGGCAGAGAAGAAAGUCUCUGCCGAGGAAGAGGAGGCUAACCUGACCCCCAAUCAAUACUUCGAAAUCCGCAGCAAGAGAAUCAACAAACUCAGAGAGACCAAGCAACCGGAUCCGUAUCCUCACAAGUUCCAGGUUACCGAUGACCUGCGCAAGUACCUGAAGGAAUAUGAGGGUCUUGCCAAGGGUGAACAGAAGCCCGACACCACCGUGCGCAUUGCUGGUAGAAUCUACACCAAGCGCUCAUCCGGCGCCAAGUUGAUCUUCUACGAUAUCCGUGCAGAGGGUGUCAAGGUCCAGGUGGUGUGCCAGGCUCAGAACGUCACGGGUGAUGUUUCUUUUGAGGCACAGCACGAGCACCUCCGCAGAGGUGAUGUCGUCGGUAUUGCCGGUUUCCCUGGUCGCAGCAACCCUAAGAACCGCGCCGAUGGCGAGCUCUCCAUCUUCGCAACGGAGGUGGUUCUUCUCGCUCCUUGCUUGCACGCCAUCCCCAGUGAGCACUAUGGUUUCCAAGAUAAGGAACAACGCUUCCGCCAGCGUUAUCUGGACUUGAUCAUGAACGACAGGUCUCGUAAUGUCUUCAUUACUCGCUCCAAGAUUGUCACCUACGUCCGCAACUUCUUUGAUAGCCGUGACUUCGUUGAGGUUGAAACCCCCAUGAUGAACGCCAUUGCGGGUGGUGCGACUGCCAAGCCUUUCGUCACUCACCACAACGACCUAGAUAUGAACCUGUUCAUGCGUGUGGCUCCUGAACUGUACCUCAAGAUGCUGAUCGUCGGAGGUCUCGAGCGUGUGUACGAGCUUGGCCGUCAGUUCAGAAACGAGGGCAUUGAUCUUACCCACAACCCCGAAUUCACAACCUGCGAGUUCUACUGGGCCUACGCUGAUGUCUACGAUGUCAUGAACCUCACAGAGGAGCUCGUAUCUGGACUGGUGAAGCAUAUCACCGGUGGCUACGAGACCACAUUCCACACCCAAAGUGGGGAGGUGUACAACGUUAAUUGGAAGGCUCCCUGGAGGCGCGUGGAGAUGAUCCCCGCUCUUGAGGAGGCCACGGGCGAGAAGUUCCCCUCUGGUGACCAGCUGCACACCGCUGAGACCGGCGAGUUCCUCAAGCGUGUGCUGAAGAAGACCGGCGUCGAGUGCUCCCCCCCUCUCACCAACGCCCGUAUGCUCGACAAGCUUGUGGGCGAGUUCAUUGAGGAGACCUGCGUCAACCCCACCUUCAUCACUGGUCACCCCCAGAUGAUGUCUCCUCUGGCCAAGUACCACCGUAAGAACGUUGGUCUCUGCGAACGGUUCGAAGCCUUCGUCUGCAAGAAGGAGAUUGUCAACGCCUACACCGAGUUGAACGAUCCCUUCGAUCAGCGUCUCCGUUUCGAGGAGCAGGCCCGCCAGAAGGACCAGGGUGACGAUGAGGCUCAGCUCAUUGAUGAGAACUUCUGUACCAGCUUGGAGUACGGUCUGCCUCCUACCGGUGGCUGGGGUAUGGGCAUUGACCGCCUGGUCAUGUUCCUGACGGAUAACUACAGCAUCAAGGAGGUGCUUGCCUUCCCAUUCAUGAAGGAGGACAAGACCGCGGCAGAAGGCAAGUCCGCUGCCGAGAUUGUCGGAAUUGAACCUCAACCAGAGGAGGGAAUUCCCCACAAAUAGAUCAUAAAAACCUGGCUCUAGCGGAUGUGAUGUGAUGGUUUUCUUGCUGAUGAUUUGUUCCAUGACUUGACUGGUCCGUCUAUGAAAAAUGUAAACGAGAUGAAAAUACAACUAAAUUUUACACUGUC